AUCAGCUGAUAUGGAUAUUUACCUUUGUGAAAAUUUUAUCAACAUUUUCUUUAUACAUUGAAAUAGUGAAAAACUAAGUAUGGAAGUGCCAAAAAUUAAGCAGAAUAAGAAAAAGGAAAAGAAACAGAAACAGAAAACUGAGAGAAAACCAAUUUGUCAUGAAGAAGAAUCAACUUCGUUGAAUGUAAAUAUUGAAAGUGAAAUUCAAGAAGCAAUUCAGGAUACACCUAGUUGCUCAAAAAAUGAGAAUGUGCAGACACCGAAACUUCCAGUCAACGAAGAGAAUAAACUGGAUAUUCUAGUGAACGAAGAGAGUAAUCAAAGUGUUCCAGUCAACGAAGAAAAUAUCCAGAAUGUCGCAACUAGUGAAAAUAUUCUCAAUGAUAGUAAAGAUAACAUUUUAAUUCCUGAAAAUAAUGAAACAGAAUCAAAUCAAGCGGGUAACUCGCAAACUGAUAGUCUAAAUAUGUUAACGAAAAAUGAAGAGAGUCAACAAACAUUACAAAAUGAACCAAAUCAAAUCUGUCCCGAUGAACAAAUAUCCAAUAAUAUCACAUUACCUAAACAAAGUACAGACUUGAAAAUGAAACCAAUUUUAACUGAAGAAAAACAUGACACUGUUGUAGCUUUGAAAAAUUUAUCGUUAAAUCAAACCAAAGAUUCUAUUCGAUACCAAAUAUGUAAUGUACCUUCAAAAGAAUUAAUAGAAAACUCGAAUCAACAGAUGAAAAUGAAACCAUUUACGUCCAUUCAAUUAUGUGAAUUAUAUCAUAAUGAAGAAUAUGAUUUGGCAACAACACAUUUCAUACGAGAAUUUAUUGAUACGGAAUUAAGUGCGAAUUUUGAUAAACAACAUAAUUUAUAUCAUUGUUUGAUGUCAUAUUAUCAAGUAAAACAAAAGUCUAUUCAAUAUAAUUUAGAAAUUCAAAAUUUAAUACAAAAAUGUUCGACUGAUGAAGGAAAACUUUGGAUCGUCAAUGAAACAAAGGUUUCAAAAACAAGCGAAUGUUCAAAUAAGCAUUCUGUUAGUGUAGUACAAAAUUACACGUUGGCUUCAUUUCAAAAUUCUUUAUUUAAAGAGUUAACGACAUCUUUAUUGCAAAUUAAACAACGGCUUCACGACGAUUAUGAGCUAAAUUUAUAUUUAUGUCAGACUUAUAAAUUACAGGUUGACUAUCGUAUUCAAUGUAUUACGGAUGAAUGUCGAGGAGUAGCAAAAUUAUCACCAAAGUCACCCGUACAAUUACAAGAAGGCGCAUUGCCUUUAUAUCUAUUACAAGAGAUUCGAAUAUGUUUAUCAAUUUUAUUUUAUUUUCAACGACGUAAUAUUUCUGAAAAAUCUUUUAUUGACGAAACUAGAAAAUGGAUUGAACAACUAGUUGCUAUUUUAUUACGAGUCGCAUCCUGGAAGGAUCAUUUAUUUUUGUUACAUCAUAUACUAAGAUGUCCAGGUGGUAUCGCUAAUUGGGCAACACAUUUUAUUCAAGCACCAUGUCCUAAAACACUGUCAUCGUCCCCAUUCUCUGAUGCGUACAUUAAUCAUGUUGUGACAACCAUAGCUAUUAUUUUAAGUCCGAUUGAGAAACGUGAAGCAUUUCUUUCCGAAUUUUUAGCACGAGAUAUGGUAAAUGAUAGUAUGUGGAUUGUGGUUGAUUCUGAUGGUGAAGAUGAAGAGAACGAAUCUGUAAAUACAUGUCCUAUUCGAGAAAGUGAUUUAAUCGCAUUGCUAAAUCAAAUACCACUUGGUAAUCUGUUUCGUAAUUUGACACGAGUUAUUACCAAAGACGAUCAAGAUAUUUUAAAUUUAGAUGAAAUAACCGAAUCAUAUUUACUGCAAUUGAUUGCAUGGAGUUCCAAAUGGAUAGAAAUUUUAGGAUGUGGUAUACGCACUUAUUCCACAGGACGAUAUCGACAAUUAAUAAAAUUAUUAUCACGUUUUAUCAAUUAUACAAUACAGUAUGUGACAGAAGUAUGGAUACUAUUUAGCGCUCAUAAUACAAGAAGGAUACGCGACGAAGCACUGAUACAACGUUUACAAAUUGAAUACGAUGCAUUAUUUUUACGUGCUACAAAAUCAAUUUAUUCAUCACAACGACUUGGUGCAUGGCAAUUUUUAGCAGUUUUACCAUUUGAAACACUUUCAUCACCGACUUUAUGGAUAGUUUAUUAUUUACUUCAUAAUAGUGAUGCUGAGAUUGAAACAAUGACGGAAGAUUUAAAUAAAAAUGAUAUUAUUAAAGAUCUAAAUAGUGCUUCAUUCAAAAUGCAGUUCGAGGAAAUAGUUAAAAAAUUACCGGAUGCUGAAAUUUAUUAUUUAUUACAAACAUUUGCAAAUAUGGCUUUGUCUAGGACACAAAAAGAUGAUUGGGAUUUUAUACAGCUUGCCACUAUUAAUCUUUUACACGUUGGCUUUACAAGCGUAUCAACACGUGAAAAUAAUUCGAAGCACGUUAGAGAUUUAUUAUCAAAUUUAACCGUUAAACAUCCAAUUUUAAUUUCAACGAUUUUAAAAUGUCUACAUGAACAUAUAUCACAUAUGGGGCAGUUAGCUUUGUAUCUUUUCAAAGAAUUACCAUUACAUUUAUGGGUACCAACAGAGGAGGACUUCCAACUAUUAGCCCAAGAGUUAACCAACAGACCAAUUAUUUCAUUUGAAAAUAACUUAGUCAGAUUUAUUUUGGCUCAUUUAAAUUGGGAUUUUCGAGAAAAUUCAAAGAACGAUGAAUUAUUUUUACCACAGCAGAUUCAUUUACGAAUUGCUUUACUAUUAGUAACAGCAACCACAAAACAUUAUGCAGAUGGUAUGGCAAAAGGUACUGAUGUAUGUAUGAUUUGGGAGAGUUGGGUAUGGAAAUUUUUGUUACGGCUACGUUUACAUUUAUUUGAUCAAGAUUCGCGCACUAUUUAUUAUUAUUUUAAUGAUCCAGUUGUGGUUUUACAAAAUAUUCCCGAAUAUCAUCCCGAUAUUUUACAAGCUUUGAAAGAUAAACAACAUGUGGCCACAUUUGUAACACUUUUAACAACACAAUGCGGACACUCUGUACCAUUAAUUUGUGAUCAUGGUUUUGUUUUAAUGCAAAAUUUAAUAAACUCAACUCGAUACAAUGAAGUUAUAUUUGCAUUACAUUUAAUUAUUCCAAUUUUUUUAUCGUGUGAAGAAGCACUUUGGCAUUGUGAUAAAUUAAAAGAUGUGAUAAUUGGCUUAUUUAAUGCUGACAAAGGUUACGUAAAAAUGGCAAAAAAUUUAAUUAUUGCAAAUGAUCCUGGUCCAAUAAUUAAACAAUUUGGUAAUAUGAUACAGUACCAUUUGAAUAACGAUAAAAAAUAUUUUCUGGAGAAUCCUGGAAAAUUAAUUUCAAUAUGGCUACGAAUAGUUACAUCAAUUGAAGGAUGGAAUCGGGAUAGUAAUUAUAUAUAUAUUGUGGAUAUAAUUUUACGUUCAGCAUUUUUUUGUGCACCGAUUUAUACGGAAGUUUUUGAUAUUUUAAGAGAAUUAUUAAAGGUACAUAAUGAUUCUACAAAAACACAAACAUCAAAUUCAUCAGGAGGAAUAUCUUCGUUAUUUUCUUGGAUGUCAACUUCAGCAACAAUGCCAACAUUAUUAUUAACAAUAUCAGAAAAUAGUGUUUGGCUAGGAUAUUUUCUUUUAGAAUUAGAAUAUAUUGAAUUUGAAUACAAAACAGGUGUCUGGAAGGAGUUGUUUACACAAAUUAGAAAUAGUACAUCUACGAAAACCAACAUUGACAAUUCAUUGAAGAAAGCGGCUGAAAUAUGUAAAACUCCAUUUUUUGGUUCAAAAUUUUUAAGUAUAUAUCGUUGGUCUCAACAGGCAUUAGAAGCAUCAUUUGAUCAUCCUAUAUUGAUAUUAUUAUGGCAAAAAUUUUUUGCUUUAUAUUUUUAUCGUAAUAUCGAAAUGAACAGAGAUCUUGGUGGUAUUGGAAAUAAAUUUUUUGAAGGUGUUAUUAAUUUAAAUUAUUUGAAAAAAAUUAAAAAACGUUUACAAGAUACUGUUGAAUAUUUUAGUAAAAAAGCUGAAGAAUUUCCAAGUAGAAGGGAAUAUUUUAUUAAUUGUGAAAGUUUAUUUAAAACAUUUCUUUUAUGGUUUGAGGAAACACGUUUACAAGAACCAGGAUUUAAUAUACAUUCUUUGCCACCGACAUAUUUACCACAAAAGUUAUUAUCACUUUUUGAACAAAGUAACGAAUUAUGGUUUGAGUAUGUGAAUUAUGAACAUGUAAAAAAUUCUACAAAUUUAUGCUCAGAAGAAUGGAUAACGAAUUGUUAUCGUAAUCAAAUAACACGUAUUGUAUCACCGAUCAAGAAAUGUUAUAAUCAAGAAGAUCAUUUAAAACAUUUAUUAAAUCGUUUAAAUUCGUACGAUAAUCCACAACCACCUCCAGAAUUAUCACCUAUAUCGACGAUAAUUCCUCCAUUUGCACCAAAUAUAUUCGUCGAUAAAAUGAAAUUAAUGUCACUUUUAAAACCUCGAGUGAAUACUGUCAUCAAAUUUACGCAGAAUCAUUCAAUGCUAUUUUCACAACAUACCGCGUUAGAUUGUGGCUAUGGAGAAUUAUUACCGCAAUUAUAUAAAUCCGAAUUACGAACAAUUCGAAUGAAACAACGUUGUGCUAAUAAUGGUUGCUCUGAAGUAGUUAAUAUAACUUUUAUGAAUACAGAAAGUAAACUUAAUGAAAGUAUUUUACAUCAAAUUCGUUCGAAUCGUUCAGAGUACGAAGUAAUUUUAAAACGAUGUUUAAGCAAUUUUCCACCAGAUUUUUGCAAUGCUUGCCUUUACAUUCUUCAAGCUAAUAAUCUUUUAGUAUCAGAAUUUAUUAAAGCAUCAUCAAAUAACGAUAAUGAAAAAAUCGAAAAUAUUCAAAGGGUUGCAGCUGAUAGUUUUUAUUAUAUAAUUUCAGUAUUUUCGGAUGAAAUUAAAUUUUAUUCACCAGCUCGAUUUUUAUUUUCGUCAAUUACAACACGACUAGGAGAGACGUUCAUAACUGGUUGGGACACGGAAACCACACGUUUACUAAAUAUUGCAAUACAAUUUCCAAAGUUAAUUGAUACACUGGUUUCAUUAUUCGAACCUCCAGUCGAUGGAGUGGGCUUUCUAAAUGGCUAUAAAUUUCUAGUGGAUCAUAUUACUAAUUUACCACCAGAGACAACGUUUUUGUUUUUAUCCAAGUUUGAUAUAAAAAAAUGGUUGGGUGUAAAAAAACCAAGGCUAUGUGAACGCUCAGAAAUAUUAUCAACUCUAAUGCAAGCAUUAAUGGCGUUAGGUUUAAAACCUGAAGAACAAUUUAAUCUUCUGCAUGAGCUACUUAGAAGUCAUUUAAUAUCAGUAUUUUGUCAUGAAUGGCCUGAACAUUAUGGUGAAGUUCUUCAAGCAGUUUUACGUGCAAGUAGUACAUCAGAACCAGAUGGAGGUUGUAUAAGUGUACUAGUAUGGAAAGAUUUAUUAAAUACUUUAGGGUAUAAACAACUUCCGUCACAAAGUUAUGUUGAAGAAUUACGUCAUUAUGCGACUACACAAACAUUACUCAAAUAUAAUGAGUUACUAGAAAGUGCUGUUUUAUUGGGUCAUCAUUUUACUCAAGAACGAUUAACAUAUGGUCUUUAUGGUUUAUACCCACGUUUUCGACCGUACGUAGAGCAAAUUACAACUUUAUUAGCAAUGUUUGGUCAUGGAUUAGUUGUUAGCGUAAUGCAUAAGUACCCGGGUCUUUUAGCUGAUGAAUUACUUGAAAUGAUAUGGCCUGGAUUAACGGACAUGUUUUCACCAUGGCUAAUGCCAUAUUGGACAAGAAGUUUGAAGGAUACAUCAGCUGUAUGGAUUCAACAAUUAACCGAUGGACGGGCUGCAGUUCUGCCAUGGAUAUAUGCUGAUAUUAAUUAUGCACAAAAAGUCAUUAGUGCUUUUGUAAAUAUUAUUCGAUUUAUUAUUGAAAUGUUACCAGCAUCCAAUAGUAUUUUUAAUCGAGUGUGGCAAUAUUAUAUUAGUAAUUUUGCACAUUCAGCCGUAAAAGAUCAUGUUUUAUCGCCGAUUCAUUCCUCAUUAUUGACGUUACCAUGGGAAAGAUUUUGGCCAUCUUUACAAGAUCUAGAAAUAAUGUUGAAGGUUGUUGAUCAAUAUUUACCAACGUGUCACAUAUUUAUUGGUUGUAUAGCAAUGCGUAUACCUUGGGUCCAGUGGCUGAAUGCUAUCGAGAAUAACGAUACACCGACAGCGAUCACUAUUCGGACACAACAAUGUCUUCUACCAUUAUUAGUUAAAUUAUCUCAUGAACCAGCUGUUCAGCAACAGAGUUUGAAACAUUUACAAACUUUGCUUUCUCAAGCAUUCCGUUUUAAUUGGUAUCACGUAGAUGUUGCUACUUAUGAAACGCUUAUUAAUUGGUAUGUGAUGAGUGUUGAUCCAAAAGUAGUUUUACGUUUGAAUGAUAAAUCACAUAAAUUAGACUAUUUAAUUUUAGAUGUUUUACUAGCUUCUGCUGAACAUAUACCAAGUGGUAUUGGUGGAAAAUUAGGUGUACAUGCUCAAGCUAAACGUAAAAUAUUUAUUCGAAGUUUUACGCGUUUGUUAAUUGCUACAGCGAAUCGUUACAAAAAUUUAGUAAAUAGUGAGAAUAUUAAGUUCCGUACCACUGUCGUUGAAGUUUUAGAAGAUAUGGAAAAUAUUUUAAAAACUAAUGCUGUAAAUGAAACUAAUAAGUUUACAGAAGUUACAGAACUUCUAGAAGAAUUUUUAAUUAUUUCCGAUGAUAAAAAUUUGUCGUUACUUUUUAAUGAAACAUUGACUGAAUGGCUUUCUAGUCGUACUGAAUAUAAUCUAGUUUUACAUGGAGUUUUAUCUGUGCUUGGAACUGUACCACAAUGUUUAACUGCAACUGGUGCCAUACUGGAUGCUGCCUUAUUAGGUUAUUUUAAUUUAUCUGAACCCAAAUGGGAAAUGGUUGUAAAAUUGUUAAAAGGACGUAAUUUAUGGACGUCAAGAAAAUUACUGGAAGUAAUGGCUCAAAAUGGUAAUAUUUUAGCAUUUCAUUCAAUAAUGUUAAUUCGUAAAGAUGAUCAGACAAUUUCGUUACCAGAAUUAAUUGAAUGGAUUACACAAAUUAAACCAGAUAAAAAUAUUGAAAGUCGAUUACCAUUAAUAUGGAACGAUGUUCUAGAGCUAAUAAUUACCGAUUAUCAUAAAACGAGUGAGACAAACGAUGAAAAAUGUAUUGCUAAUAUUUUAACGAAUCUAAAAAAGUUUACAAGUUAUUUAAAUAAAAUAGCGGAUGAAAAAAGUGGUUGGGGUAAUUCAUUGUUGGGUGCGAUGCGUAUCAGAAAUAAUAGUGUAGAAAUUACGAAUCGGUGUCGAUUUUUUUGUAAAGCGUUAGCGUUAUUUUUAAAUGCACAAAUAAUUGAAAAUCAUUCAGGUAAUGAGAUAAUUCGUUGUUGUGGUGAAUCAAUUCAAUCAGAAAAUUUGAAUACGACUGACGUUAAAAGUUUACAUCAAUUUUCUCAUGGAGAAUUAAAAGUUUGUGCUGAUAUAACUAUUAAACAGAUUCAAGAUUUAAAAAAUUCGCUUCACAAUUCAAAGGAUAUUACAACGUUUUUAUGCCAGCAACUUUAUAAUGAACGGUUUCUUUAA